UGCUUCCGGUUUGUGAAAGAAACACAGGAGAUCCUGGGGAGAAGCUAGGUUGUAGGAGAGCCCUCCGGAGCCCUCAGUCCGUUUAAACCCAGACAUGACGGACUCUCCGGACGCCCGCAGCUUGGUGUCUGCUUCCUCUCAGCUCAACCUGAUGGAGGUGGACACGAUUGACGACAAGGAGUUUGACAUUCCCCAAGUGGACACACCUCCCACACUGGAGAGCAUCCUCAAUGAGCUGGAGGAUGAGGAGGAACCGUUUGUGUUGGAGGACACCUGUGUGCUCAACACUGACAACAUGGACGCUCACUCCUGUGACACCUCGUCUCUGGCCAGCUCAGACAGUGGAGACCCAGUACACCUCAAACGAAAGAGGAGGACAGUGGAUCUGAAUCCGACAGUUCAUGGGUCUGUUCUUCGACACAGUCUGCUGAAAGGCAUCUCUGCACAGAUCGUCUCUGCUGCUGACAAAGUUGAUGCUGGACUACCAACUGCUAUAACAAUGUCAGGUGUGAUUGCUGUGGGAACGUCUCAUGGUCUGGCCCUGGUCUUUGAUACCAACCAGGCUCUACGGCUCUGUCUAGGCUCAAAGGCAACCGGGGCAGAGUUUGGCGCUGUCUCUGCCCUCAGCAUCAACCAUGAUUGCUCACGACUUCUGUGCGGCUUUGCCAAAGGACAGAUCACAAUGUGGGAUCUAGCCAAUGGGAAGCUUCUAAGAACUAUCAAUGAUGCCCACCCUCCAGGGACAGCUAUACUGCAUGUGAAGUUCACAGAUGACCCAACUCUUGCAGUGUGCAAUGACAGUGGAGGAUCAGUUUUCGAGCUGGCUUUCAGGAGGGUGAUGGGGAUGCGGUCCUGUGACUCCCGGUGUCUCUUCAGUGGUUCUAAAGGGGAGGUCUGCUCCAUUGAACCUCUACAUGCCCCUCAAGACUUCAGAGACCAUCCCAUCACGCACUACUCACUGCUGGCUAUGGCCUCUCUCACUAAGAUUCUGGUCAUUGGACUGAAGCCCUCGCUCAAAGUCUGGAUGACUUUUCCCUACAGCAAGUCUGAUCCGUCCAGUGUUCCUCAGCUGGCCUGGCAGUUUGUUCCAGUACAGAAGACUGUAAACCCGGUCCUGGCUUUUUCCAAAGGAGACACAGUACACUUCCUCCUGGUAAAGAAGGAGGAGACGGGGACCAUCCAUGUCAUUAAACAAAGACAGCUCCACCUCAGCUGUGACAUCAUCAGCCUGAGUUGGAUUAACAGUAGGACCCUGCUCCUGGUAGACAGCCAUGAAAAGCUUCAGGUGGUGGACCGGCCCAGUCAGGAGAUUUUGGAGACUCUGGAUUUGGAGCAGGUGCAACUGGUCUAUAACAGCCGACAUUUCAAAUCGCUGGCCACUGGAGGGAAUGUCUCCCAGGCUCUGGCUUUAGUGGGAGAAAAGGCCUGCUACCAGUCAGUCUCGAGCUACGGAGGACAGAUUGUCUAUUUGGGCACCAAGUCAGCUCACAUUAUGGCUCUACGGAACUGGAGAGAGCGUAUAGACUGUCUGCUGAAGCAGGAGCAUUUUGUUGAGGCUCUCUCUCUGGCCUGGUCCUUCCAUGAGGGGACUGCUAAGGCUGUAGUUGGCCUUUUUGGAGAUCCAGUGAAAAGGAAAGGAGUGGUCAGUGACAAGAUGGUAGAGAUCAUUUUCCAGUUUACAGAGCAUGCUUUGAAGAAGUGUCCUGAACAAGGCAAGAUUCAAGUGAUGGAGCAACACUUUCACGAUGUGGUUCCAGUCCUGGUUGAUUACUGCCUGUUGCUACAGAGGCCUGACCUGCUGUUUAACCAGCUGUAUUCUCGGCUCGUGGAGAACACGGUUGCUAAGGGCGUCUUCCUGGAGUCACUGGAGUCAUACAUUGUAGCUGACCGACUUGGUCACCUUACCACACCAAUCAUGAAGGACCUUCUGGCCCAUUACCAAAGCAAUGGCAUGAUGGACAGCCUGGAGAGAUGCAUUGUCCACCUGGAUAUCACCAGUCUGGACAUACAACAGGUGGUUCAAGUGUGUUGGGACAACCAGCUCUAUGAUGCCAUGAUCUACGUUUUCAACAGUGGAAUGAAUGACUACAUCACACCUAUGGAGAAACUCUUUGCUGUGAUUGGUUCACCAAUUAGAGAGGGGAGAAGUCUAACAGAAGAGGAGGUGAUAAUGGGAAACAAACUUCUGGUGUACAUAAGCUGCUGUCUUGCUGGAAGGGCAUAUCCACUGGGAGACAUACCUGAAGACCUUGUGGUUCAAGUAAAGAACCAGGUGUAUGAGUUUCUUAUCCGUCUCCACUCAGCCGACUCAUCAGAUGAGGAAGAGGUUUUUCCAUAUAUUCGUACUCUCCUCCACUUCGACACGCGGGAGUUCCUCAAUGUCCUUGCCAUGACAUUUGAAGACUUUAAGAAUGACAAGCAGGCUCUUGAGUACCAGCAGAGGAUAGUGGACAUCUUACUACAGGUGAUGGUUGACAACCCAGACUUUACGCCUUCCCAGGUGGGUGGGCUCUUCACCUUUUUGGCUCGCCAGUUGGCCAAACCAGACAACACGCUUUUCGUGAACAGGAAGCUCUUUGAUCAGGUGCUGGAGUUCCUGUGUUGCCCAGACGAUGACUCCCGACACACUGAGAGGCAGCAGGUUCUGUUGGAGCUGCUGCAUGUCGGUGGUGUGGUCCAGUUUAAUGAAGAAAGGCUGCUGGCUUUGGCGGAAAAGGCCAAGUUCUACCAAAUCUGUGAGUUUCUCUAUGAGAAGAAACAUCUGUAUGACAAGAUAAUUGACUGCUACCUGAGAGACCCUCUCAGAAAGGGGGAGAUCUUCAGCUACAUCCACAAUCUGUUGUCCAUGCCUGGCUAUAGCCCGGAGGAGAAACAAACAGUCAAGGAAAAAGUACUGCAAAACAUGCAGGAGCUGGUGACCCUUGACCCCAGUAAGUUAGCCGACUUAGUGGUGUUUCACUUCGUAGAAGAGGUGCAGCAGAUCAUCUCUGAGUUUCAGGAUGACGAGCUGCUCUACAAGUUUCUCAGCUGUCUCCUAGAGCCACGAGAGGUUCAUCAUCCGGGGACCAUGCUCCUACUGGAACAUGACCUCCAUGAGCUCCUGUUGGACUUACUGUGCCGCUUCGCCCCCCAGAACCUGCUGAGCUUCCUCCAGACCUCCCAGCACUACAGAUUAAAGGAGGCCAUAGAAAUAACACAGAAGUAUCACCACAAUGAGGCUACAGCUUAUCUGCUGGAGAAGAAGGGAGAUACUCAAGGAGCGUUUGAUGUCUUGUUAGAGACACUGAAGGAGAAACUGAGUGUCCUCACUGCUGAGAGUGACAGAGAAGUUGAAGAAGAAGAAAGCCAUGAUGAUGAGGAGAAGACUGACAGUGAAUCCACGCUGACAGGAGUAAAGGAUUCACUGAAUGACAUCAUUGCCUUGUGUCAUCGAAGCUCUCCGAACCUCGACCAGCAACAGAGAGAGGUCCUUUGGUUUCCACUUCUGGAGACCAUGAUGAAUUCUCAAAGACAAGGGAAAGGACUUGGUGCCAAACACACAUUUGAGGUGCUGAAGGAGCUGACGAUGAAGGUUCUCAACUGUAUGAGCAGCUUCAUUUCUCUUCCUGCUAUCAUCCAACAAAUUCUACAGGACCCGGUGUAUGGGACAGGGAAGCUGGCAGAGAUUCAGGGUCUCAUUCUGGGUAUGCUGGACACAUUUACCUACGAACAGACUUUACUUGAGACAACCACCAGUCUUCUAAACCAUGACCUCCACUGGUCCCUGGCUCACCUACGGGCUGCAGUCACAAGGGGACUCCACCCCCGACAGGACUACUGUAAUAUUUGUCUCCAGCAAUACAAGAGGAGGCAGGACUCUGCUGAGGAGAUCAUUGUGUUCAGCUGUGGCCAUCUGUAUCACGUCCAGUGUCUGCAGCAGAAGGACUGCGGGUGGGCUGUUGCCCCAGAGUUGCAACAGCGGUGGAGCUGCUACAAGUGUUCAUCCAGCAAAGGAGGAAGAGGCGGGACUUCUUCUGAACCAAAAAGAGGCCGCAGCACGUCCUUGGCACAGACUCGUGUUACGUCAGUGCAUCAUGAUGCAGGAGCAGAGGCUGACAGAAAGAAGGUGUUUGUUGAGGCAACAUUGGACCUUCACCAGGAACAGUCCUGGGAUCAGCUACGCUGUUUAUACCGAGGACCAUCCAGGCUAUCCAUCCUUUCAGAACUGUCUCACAGCAAUGAGAAACCAGGACUUCUAAUUACAGCCCAACCAGGAUCAGAGAAUUUCCAACUUAAACUCUCUCCUCCACCUCUGUUUGAAGAGUGAAGGAUAAAUGUCCAUUAAUCGUCUAAACGUCAGUGGCAUUGAUUAAAGACGUUCAGCUUUCUUCUGAUUUCCUGCACUCCCCUGACUAAUCAAGAUCAAAGUGGACUGAUGUUUUUUGUUUGUUUUUUUUUGCUGCUUUUGAUAUCGUAACACUUCUUUUGAAAUGCUUAUGUUAAAACAGAGUGUUUUAAUUUUGAUCACAUUGAGUCACGAGCAAUUCAACGGAAUGUAGCUUUGAUUUCAUCCUUUGUACAACAGCUGACUGAACCAUCCUGGUUUGCAUAUUGGUUCCGGAAAGUCAAAGGUGGAUCCCAACGUUACCGCAAAGAAAGUCGAAACAUGUAUUGAUACUGAAUGUUUAUGUGCAAGCAGUAAAAAGAUGCUGAAUGCCUCUUAUUUCUGCACAUUAUUAUGAGACACUAAUAGCUUGAUAAUCUCGUGAAUUUGUCAACUUGUAAUUGACAGUGAUUACAUCUGUUGACAGAUGCAGCAUCUCAAGAGUUGUUUUCUGUGUGAUAAAACUCCCGUCAUUUACUUUGUUCUAGAGAAGUCAUCCGGAGAAAAUUAGGAGUAGUUGGGAUGUCCAAAAGAGGUUAUGUAUUUUUUGUGUCAUUUUAUGAAUUAAGAGAGGGUAGUUUUUGUUUUUAAAUUUAAAUUAAAUUCAUCCUUCCAUUGCAGGACUUAUACAAAACAAUACAAUGAUUUAGUCGCAAAUGAUGACCUUGGAUUCUGCGGUGGGCUAAACGAAUUUUCUUGUUUUAACAUUGUGUAAAUUUGACCUUUUUACUUGAUGUUGAUCAAUGCAGCAGAUUAAAUCUGUUUGUGGGUGUUUUUUAGUGAAAUGCACAUUGGAUGCACCUCCUUCAGUGUUUACGUCUGCAGGCUUGUUUCUUUACAUUUUUUUUUUUUUACCAAAGGACCAUGUUUUCCAAAAGUUGAUUCAAGCAGGAGGGUUUCUUCUGGAAGAGGUCUGUUGCAGUCACAAAGAGAAAAAAAUGCUGCUUUAUUAAUCAUGGAUGCAUGAAAUAAAUCCUCCAGUUUCUGUA